GUUGAAUCGUGUUCAUGACUGUAGUACUAAGUAGUACUGCUAUCAACCAUAAUUGCAAUUGCAUGAUUAAGAAUAAAUAUGAUUGCCUACGUUCUCCCUGUCACUUUCGCUUUCUUUGGUCCUGUUGCGAAUUCAUGCUCGUGUCGGCAAAAGGAGAACGGGUGGGAACCACACCUCGGAUCCUCAGGCUGCACUUCGACUCUCGAGUGACGAUUUUUCUGGCAGUUGCUCUGUCCUUCGCAGAUUGGUGUUUCAAGUUUCUCCUUCGGAAUCCGUUGCCUCUGGUGACUGCUGCUCGUGGACAACAAGCUCAAACAGACUUGUCAUUUGUCGAGCCGUUUGAACUACUGCGUUUUGGCUUUGUCGGAAUCCGUAUAGUGCCGAGCCUAAAUCGGGGUAGCGCGUUGGCUCUUUCCACGGAGUAUCCCUUCGCGAGUGUCUGCCUCAACCUCUGGUGCUGUGUACUUUCGCUGAUUGCGUUGAGCCGUGUGGGCGAUAAGAUAAAGAUAGUGACGUGGAAGCGGUUUUCGUCUGUGACAGCUUCCGUCGACGAGUACAAAAAAGAUCUCGAGCCACUUAAUGCACCACAAGAACUGGCAACCCUUAAUUUACGAAAGUGGCAGAAGACCUUUUCCUCCUGUCUUCAGGAGUUCCGCGUUGAAAUCUUGAUGUUAGUUCUUGGCAGUAUCGGCAACAAUCUGGACCGUGUCUUCUUUGAGGGCGUCAUAGACUACAUCCACUUUUUCGGAAUACACUCUAGUCUGGAUUAUGCGUGGAACCUGUCGGAUUUGUUGAUUACUUGUGGGACGGUGAAAUUUUGGUGGAGUAUUAUGCAGAAGUAGACGAGGCGAGGCUUUUUUUCUAAAGUGAAGAAACAAAAGAUUCGAAUAUUAUGCCUUUCUUCGGAAGUGAAGCACGGCAUUAAAUAGUCCAAUCGACAGUUUCGGAAUACUGACCAGGGCGAAACUCCAUUCCAAGACUCGAAGAACUCGCAAGGAUCUUCAUGUGAAGUUUUCAAGUUUUCGUUCCUCGACAACGUUUGAAGGAUAACCUCCUGCCAUACCCUUAAUAGACUAUAUCGAGCAUGAAAAGUAGCGGUCCUCACGAAG